UUAAUGAACGCCUUCCCCCCUUGGCCCAACUCCAGCUCCGUGCCACAUAAACAAUUCCGAAUCGCCCCUUCCCUUGCUGUCACAGCCUCACCUUACGAGUUUGUCGUGCAUCGCAAGACCCGCAAACAUGAGUCAAGUCAGGAAUCUCCGGGCCAUGUUCGAGCAGAAGCCCGACACGACGAGCCCGCCAGACGACCGAGGAAGAUCGCCAGGCGUCACAUCCACUGGCACCGAAUCCCCAAGACCCCUUUCGAAAGUCCGCACGAACUUCAUUGCGAUCGAGAAGGACGGCCGAAUAGGCUUGCAAAGAGAGCCGAGCCGAGACUCGAAUGCUAGCGUCUCCACGCGAAAGCCCAGUAGCGAGCUAGGAUCUCCACCGGCUGUCCCUGAAGAGUCAAUUGCCCCUGCCGAGAACACGCCAACGAAGGCUAAUCUCAGGAACCAUUCCAUCCCGGAGCUCCCGCGCUCAGGUACAGGAAGCGAGGCCACGAGUCUCCCUGCCACGAAGCCAACUGCUACUAAAGCAGCUAAAGCACAGCCUGCGCGUCCGAAUCCAGAAAACAAAGUCGGCGUCAAACAAGUCCAUGCGAAGAUGGCCCCUGGUGCACUUACCGAUAAGGCGGCCGUAUCCGGCGGUGGAUCUACACUAUCCAAUGGAGGGGAGGCCCUGAACGGUACAGGGGUUGGGAAAGUCAAGGGACAGGCGGUGUCCAAGGAAGCAUCAAUUACAUCUUCUGGAGGCCCUUCGAAAGCGGCAACAAGGACAGUCCCUAUUUUGACCGCCAAAACCUCGGCGAAGCCAGCAAAAUCGCCCACUGUUGCAAAAGCUCCGAAGAGCCCAGCAACAACAACGACCCCAAAGGCCAACACCAAAACACCGGAUAAGAAGAUGACGCACCCGGAGAAGACAGCUACCCCGAGAGCUGCCACAAGUGCAGCGAAGUCUUCCGGUUCUACCUCGAUACAGCGGCCACCGCCUCUUCAGCCUUCUCCAUCGGGCACAGGAUUCAUUAAGCCCAAGGUCAAGUCUCCAACUCGGCCGGUCAAGCUCCCUCCGGGCCUGACGACGCACACCGCCGCCUCGGGCUCGAAAGUCAAUGCCUCGCGUCAAUCUUUAUCCAGAGCAAGUGGCAUUUACCCUCAUGCCGAUUCACAAGGACGAUCUCCAAGCCGGGUCAGUGUCUCGACGGUGGGUACGACGAGAACCUCUGGAACUACCGCCAAGCCUCUCAAGAGGCAAAAUUCAACCAUCAACCGACCUCGUCCAAGUUUUGGUCCUCCUCCGAAGCCGGUGGCUAGAGAUCACCCGCCCACAAAGAGGGAGAAAGAGGUGGACGAGGGCUUCCUCGCACGGAUGAUGCGACCAACGCAGGCAUCUUCAUCGAAGACGGCAGAGAAGGCAGCCUUGUCGCCUCCCAGAAAGGCAAACCCCGCACCCGUCUUGAAGAAGACGGCCGUCCCGAAACAGGACUUGAAGACGCUGAAGAAGCCUACCGCCAAAACGACACCAGUGGUAGCCUCAAACACCGACCGGGAGGCACAAUCCUCCUCAGCCCACGGGGCUGCACCUGUGACUGAGAAGCCCUCCACGCAGGAGGUAGCGCCGGUUGCAGAAGCUGCCCCCGCCGCCGAGCCGUCCUCCACACAAGACGUCACACCUGUCGUCGAGCAGCCAGCUGCUGCCGAGGAGGUGAUUAGCGUGGCCAAGGAGGUCGAAGGCCCGGUUUCAUUGCCCGAAGACGCUGGGCGCGAAACAACAACACAGGAGACUGUACCGGUCGUUGAGCAGCCUGAAACGGUUCAGGAAGUGUCCGAGGUCGCGAUGUCAGCAGAUGGUGGAGCCAUCCCUCCAGCAGAAGGAAACGUAGACGCGGGUGACAACGAAGUGCCAUCUUCGGAGGUCGCCGAAGAACCGGAACAGGCAGCGGCCGUAUCUCCCGAGUUUGGAGAGCCAGAGCCCGUGGAAGCGGAAGCACCGACGGUGAACGGGGACCACGAGAAGCCUACUCCCGUUGAUGAGAACCCAGGCUCCGCCGAAGUGGCCCCUGAGAGCGUAGAUGAGCCCGAGGCGGAAGAUGUUGUGGAUACCAAGAGCGAGACAGAGGCGGCAGCAUAGCAAGAUUGUCAGCCAUGUUUAUUUCCUCCCCAGCCUGUUCCCUGUUCCAUCGGAGGAAGUAUUAUUUUAGGAAUUCGCAGUUUUAUGAUACCUGACGGGAGCAAAUAUGGACUCGGCAAGGAGUUGGUGAUUGAACACAGCAGAUGUAGCAUCAGAAGACACCCCACUAGGUAGAAUGA